CAAACCCCCCCCCCCCGGUCUUUCGCCUUGCGCCUGCAAUUGUAUCCGCGUCCGCAGGGACAUGGUCCGGGUCGUUCUCAGCCUAUUUACACUCACUGGUCAUCUUCGCAUCAUCUACAUGUCCCGACGGCCUUCUCCCCCCCUUUCCAUCUCACCAUCAUAGCAUCUAUCACUCACUUCCCUCAAUGCUAUGCUGCCGCUCGUUACUGCCAUGUCAUCCUUCAGAAAGUCGCUCUUGGCUGCCAUUCUCAAACAUCUCUUGCGUGGCAAGUCGUUAAUACAGUCCGUCUUCGCCUUCUGGAUCUCGCCCUUGUCGUCACCACAAAAGGCCCCAUCAUCGACACAGUCAUCGACACAGUCAUCGACAGCAACACCAGGGGCGGUGGAUGGAACCGGUCAAACGACAACAAUACCUCCCGCUGUUCGUUCGUCGAGGACUGCUCGUGGUGAUUUUCUCCGCGAGGCAGAAGCCCUUCUUCUGGGUCCCCUGGCCGGCGAUGGCCUCUUGCGUCUUUCUCGCGCCCUAAAGGCCCAGUUCAGAGAACGUCUGCAGUCUGAUCCCGCCUGCAUGCUGCCGUCCUAUAACCACAGGCUGCCCCGUGGCCACGAAACCGGGCGCUACCUAGCCGUCGACGUCGGCGGAUCGACCCUUAGAGUGGCUUUGGUGGAGCUACGGGGCCAAGGGGAGGAUGUGAGGGGCCGGGAAAGCGAGAUCGUCAGCAUGAAGUCGUAUCCCAUCGGCAUGGAUGUCAAGAGCCUCCGAGGCGUCGCUUUCUUUGACUGGAUGGCUGCCAGAAUCGUCGAGACGCUCGAAAAAGAGAGCCGUCCGAACGGAAGCGUGGCGUCUGUCUUACCAAUGGCCCUGGCCUGGAGUUUUCCCAUCGAACAAACCUCGCUGCGCGGUGGCCUUAUUCACGACAUGGGCAAAGGCUUUCGAGCAGCAGAUGGCCUCGUUGGGGAGGAUCUCGGCGCCGUCAUCGAAGCUGCCUGUCGGCGGUCCGCCCUCCCCGCUGAGCUCUGCGUCAUCCUCAACGACGGCAAUGCCACUCUUCUUUCUUGCGCCUACUUGCACAACUCUACCCGCUUCGGCCUCAUUCUCGGCACCGGCGUGAAUAUCGCUGCCUACCUCCCGGUCCCGCUCAUCGGCUCUACAAAGUUCGGUGACCGACCCAAAGAAUGGUUCGAUGAGGCACGAAGCGUCAUCGUGAACACCGAACUCGGCAUGUUUGGCAAGGAUAUCCUGCCCGUUACGCGGUGGGAUGCCUUGUUGAAAAAGGGGCAUUCGAGGCCAGAUUUCCAGCCACUGGAACAGAUGGUUGGUGGCAUGUAUUUGGGCGAAAUCGCAAGGUUCGCUCUUCUAGAAGCUAUCAGGACGACGGGGGUAUUUGGUGGUAUCGUCCCUGAGAGCCUGAAUUCCCCCUAUUCUUUCGGGACUGAAACGAUGUCCCUUAUUGAAGGGGAUGUAUCGUUAACCAUGGAGAAAUCCAUCUCCCUCUUCUCCAAACUCCAUCCUUCUCCCCAUAUCCCUACCGCCCUCGACAUGGCCUUCCUGCGGGACAUCUGCGCCCUCAUCUCUCGCCGCUCAGCUGCCAUCGUCGCCGCCUCCCUGCACGCCGUCUGGGAACUCCGCCUCGAGGGCAUUCGGGAAUCCAUGGCGUCCUCCGAAAGCUCCGCCAUCUCUACGGCCGAGGCUGAGAAGGAGGUGGCGCUUGAACGUACCAUGGUCUCGUUCAACGGCAGCGUGAUUGAGAGUUACCCGGGGUACCGAGCCAUGUGCCAACAGUUCGUAGACGAGCUCGUGGCGGCCGGGGGCGACGGUAAGCCGGGCGCCCGCAUAGACCUCGUCCCUGCCAAGGAGAGCUCUCUCCUAGGGGCGGGGGUUGCGUUAGCCGCGGCUGUCUCAGAAGCGGCAUGAUAUACGAGGAGUAUUGUAAGCAAAACCGGUUGUCCUGGAAAAGGUUCGAAUUGGGGAUUUAUGCACAUAGAACCACAAUAAAAUUACUUU